AUGAGUCUUUCCGUGGAAGAUCGUCUAAAGGCCGCCGUCGCCAACGAGACCAAGAUUCUCGGAGAACUCGACAACCUCGUCCGUCAGGCUUAUGAGAUUAUGAAGGCCGAAGGAAUGGAGCUGAGUGAGAAGUGGACGGCAAAGAUUGCCAAACUGGAUGAGACCGCGCAGGCCGAAGACUCAUUCCACAGCUGUCUGAGCUCAUUUGACAGUUGUGCUCCGAGUUCGGACAAGGAAUCGGAAGCCCUCGCAACUUCUUCCGUGGUCCCAGUGGUCCCGGUCGCCCAAUUGGUCGAAGAAUCCGACGACUACGAUCAUCUGCACGAUCCAGUCACCGACUUCAUCGUCAAAAACGGAAAAGAAGCGGACGAGGAGGAGGAGGAGGACUUUUCCGACACUUCCAGCUUCGAAAUCAUCGGCAACGACGACGACGAGGACGACCUCGAUUGA